ACUACGUCAUCUCAAGGGCCGGAAGUAAAGGGUGAGGGAGAGCGCGGGCGUCAGCCUCGAGGAAGGCCCCCUCGCCCCGCUCGCCUGGGCCGCGCUUGCGAAGAGGGGAGUAGAAGUGGGCGCGGGGCGCGAAGAUGCCAGUGGCGGUGAUGGCGGCGACGAGCGGCGCCUUUAGCUACCGGAAGCUGCUGGAGCAGUGCGAGACUCAAGAGCUAGAGGCCCCUGGAGGGAUAGCAACACCACCUGUUUAUGCCCAGCUCCUAGCUUUGUACCUUUUGCACAAUGACAUGAAUAAUGCACGAUAUCUUUGGAAAAGAAUCCCUCCUGCUAUUAAGUCUGCAAAUCCUGAACUAGGUGCAAUUUGGUCAGUAGGGCAAAGAAUCUGGCAAAGAGACUUCCCUGGAAUUUACACAACAAUUGGUGCACAUCAGUGGUCUGAAACUAUUCAGCCAAUCAUGGAAGCACUUAGAGAUGCAACCAGGCGGCGAGCCUUUGGACUGGUCUCUCAGGCAUAUACCUCAAUAAGUGCGGAUGAUUUUGCAGCCUUUGUUGGGCUCCCUGUAGAGGAAGCAGUGAAAGGCGUUCUUGAUCAAGGAUGGCAAGCAGACUUAUCAACUCGCAUGGUUAUGCCUAAAAAGCCUGGUCCUCAAGAGCCUUUGUUUAACAGAUUUCACCCAUUAUCAGAACCUGCUCCAGUCCCACCAAUUCCUAAUGAACAGCAGUUGGCCCGAUUAACUGACUAUGUGGCUUUCCUUGAAAACUGAUAACUCAUUCAUGAUGUCCUGUGUACUUCUAGACCCUUCGACAUGUUAUCCUGUUAAAUGUUGCAGUGUAUGCACUAUUAUGGACAUGCUGGUAUAAAAUAGUGUUGUAUUUCACCUUUACACUUAUUUUGCUGGAGCAAGGUUAUUGGUUCAGUAUAGUUUCCUUAAUGUUUAUCAAACAGCAGGUGCAAGCAGUAUUAUGGUGUUAGGUUUGAAACCCUUUAAUGUGGUGGAGACAGCUACACUUCAGCUGUAAAUGCAGGGAUGGAGAGAAGUGAUUACCAUUGCUACGCAGAAUGAAAACCAAACAUUGGAAGGAUUGCUUGAAGACAAGGAAAUCAGGUUCAGUGCAUAUCCAAGAAGGAUCAUAGUGGUGUUCCAUAGGUAGUGGAGUUUGAUUACUAUGUACUAAAUGCCAUAGCUUGGUUCUGUUAUAAUGGGGCUCCGUAGUUCAUUGCUUUUCCUACUUCUCGUUUCCUAAUGUAGGCUCCCUAUUUAAGACAAAUGUUGGGUGCUCUACAUAAUAGUCCUCUUUUUAAAAAGAAACACACACUGAUGAUCAAUCAUUCUAGAUCUGGGCAGAUGUGGAUAUUUUUUCAGCAAAAAAGCUGGUUUUCAAAAAGCUUAAUUGCUAACAGUAUCCAUAUAAUAGUCUCAGUGUCUUGACUUGUGAUAUUUUGAGGAAGUUCUCUCAAAUAUGGAGCCUGUAUUUAUUUAGGUCAGCAAUUUCUGAUUGCCUGUUCUGGCAUCCUGGGAAAGUCUUGCCCUCACUUGAAAACCAAUCCUAUCAUUGAUGCAUAUGGGUGAAAUUAUACUGUCACUUUGGUUUUGGUAGAAUAUUUCUGGGUUGGAAUACUGCUGGUAUUAAUUGCUACCUUCAGCGCUAACAUGAGAAUUUGAAGGAAAUUAUUUGCCAUUCCCCUACCUCUAAUGUCUGCAUUUAAAGCACCACCAUCCUUCUAAAGUCCCUUUCCUCUUUUUCCAUCAUUAGAUGGUCAUAUUUAAUGACCUGUCACUCGGAAAAUGGCUGGUGUUUGUCCUCUGUAGUGACACUCUUCUCCUAGUGCACUACUACUGUACAUUCUCAUGAUGUUUUGUAUGUGUUGAGGUGUGAGAGGGUCCUGAUAUGUGCAUAGUUACUUUGAGAGCCUCUUUAUGAGUGGUAAACAUUGAUCUCAAGCUUUUAUUUAUUUGAAAAUCUUUUAAAACAACUCUAAACAGUUGACGGAAACUUAAUUUCAAUAAUAUUAAAAUAUGUUUACACCA